AUGAAGAAACCACACAAUUCCAGGAGUGAGGAAGCUUUUUUUUCACCGAAGCUUCCUGGGCAGGUGGAUGACAAGCGCACCCUUGGCAAGUCAAAGGAUCGGAAAGGGUUGCAUGGUUCUCGGAAGCUGCUUCCCAAGUUAAAGGGAGCAGGCGAUGCCUGCGCCGAGUCAACUUCUUCCUUGCCGGGGAGCAGCCGGAGCUGCGGCACAGGCUCCAGAGGAUUCGAGGAGGCUCGGCCGAGACCGUCUCCAAAGGCGAAAUCUAGGGAAGGCAAGGAAGGCAAGGAAGGCAGACAAUCCAGCCGAGAUGCAUCGGCACCGGCCACUCGCAGCCGAGCUCCUAAGGAGCCGCAGGUGAACCAGGUAGCCGAAAAGCCGCCGCGCAGGCGGCUACCGCCGAAGCCGGAAGCGAAGCCGGAGAAGGCAGAGGCGAAAGCCGAGGCGAAGGCAGACGCGAAGCCUCGCCCGGAAAAGCCCGACAGCUCUGACGAGGCGCGUGACCAGAAGCGGAACCAGGCGAGUGAGCCAAAGAAGGCGAGGAAACCUGCACAGCCGGCGAGCGCAGCUUCCUUUUCGUCGGCACUGUCGGGCCUUGGUGACUCAGAGCCAGAACCAGACGCCUCGAUGCCUGCUUCCCCCAAAUCUGUUCAGGGCGGCUACGCUCCAGAGACGCCGAUAAGCGCCAGCACGAGCCACGCCGCGAGCGCAGCCGUGAAGCCGCCACCCCUCGACUCAGCUGAUGCUGCCGAGACCAGGCGGCAGAUGCGUGAGGUACUUCAGCGCCGACUGCACCGGAUACGGGAAAAGGUGCAGAACCAACGCGCAGGGAUCGAUGCUCAAAAGAAAUACGAGCACCUUCCCGGCAAGGAGCGCGAGGCCGUGGAACGUGCGUUUUUCCAUUAUGACGCCGACCUGUCUGGAUAUCUCGAUUACGACGAGAUCGUGCCAGCUCUGCGAGAGUUAGGGCUCUCCGGAUCGAACGCGAUCGAGAAGAGAGAGAUCAUGCAGGUCUGUCGCAAUGUCAUGACAGCCACGCGCGUACAGUCUCUUCAUCGACGGCAAGCAGAUAGUCUGCAGCAGGUUCUGAAUGCGCAGCGGUCCCGAAUGCAGGGCCAGCCACGCAUUAAACUUGAGGUCAAAAAAGCAGCGGCACCACAGCAGUCUCCGAAAGCAGGAGAUGCAAAGCAGGCGCGCGGCGAUGGGAAGAGAGCCUCGGGGAGCCGGCGAAGCAGCUUUGCUUCAUCUCAAGGCACCGUCUCCGACGAGUCUGGCAGCGAGGACUUCGAGGUCGGGGUGGAGUCCCCGGGAGAGGACAUGCGCUUCGACUUCAUGACCUUCGCCGCCCUCUUGGUGCCGAAAGUUCGGCAGCGCUUGACGGAGCUGCAAAGCACAACAGUCAUGCGAUACUUCUGCAAUUUCGACAGGGAGGGAACCGGCGCAAUAUCGGUGUUAAAGUGCUUGGAGAUUGCGCGGUGCCUGAAAAUGGACCAGCUGCACAUGUUGGAUGCGUUGAAAGAUAACGAUUUCUCGGUGGAAUCUGACACUUUGGUCGACUUUGAUUCGUUUGAGCAAUGUGUAAUGGGCUGCCGAGAGCGAACAAAUCGCCAACUGCGGCAGCGCGAGAUCGAGAUUCUUGUCGAGAUGAGGGUGCGGUCUGAUCUCUUCCAAGAGUGCAGGGAGAGCAUCCCCCAGAUCUACGAGGUCUUUCGACGAUUGUCUGGGGAUGUUGGGCCAAUUGGCGUCGUUUCUGCAAAUGAGGCCUUCCUUGCCGUGUAUGAGCUCGGAAUGAUGCCACGGGAGCAGUGGCAGAAAGAGGAGAUCAAGCAGUUCCUGGUUCCGAUAGAUUCGGAAGACCAUGUGUAUGCUCAGACAGAACUGAAUUUCGAGGAUUUUCUAACAUUCCUGAGGAAUGUGCGAACUUUCAACGACGAGCAGCGUCUCACGGAGCUGACUGAGCAUUUCGCACGGCUUGACAAGGAUGGGAACGGCCACUUGGACAUGAAAGAGCUCAACCAAUUGCUGGAGGAGACCGGCUGCUGUCCGCGCAGCCGCAAAGAGCAGGAAGAGGUACGCCAGCUGAUCCAGUCUACGGAUGUGGACGGAAAUGGCGUGAUUGACUUCGGGGAGUUUAAGGAACUGGUGCAAAGAAUUGAAGAGCGUUUCGCCAGCCUGCGCUACGAGUCCGAAGUUGAUUAUGCUGUUGCCCGGGGCUUCACUGAAGUCGAACUUGGGAACUUCCGCGCCAUCUUCGAGCACUUGGAUGUGGACAACUCCGGCCGACUGGAAAUGAACGAGGUCCGGCAGUGCCUCAACAUAAUUCAGCACAAGGCCACCUGGCAGGCUUUUGAUGACACCUGGCGCCAGCUGGAUAAGGAUGCAUCAGGCAGCCUGGACUUCCAUGAGUUCAUUGACUUCAUGAGGGCAAUGCGAGAUGGGGAAGGCAUCUUUGCACUCGACCGAGAGCAGAAGCUGCCUAACCUUGUUAGCAAGCUCGAUGACCGGACUUUGCGGUCCGUUCUUUCGCACUAUGGCUUGUCAAAAUCUUACCUCUGGGCCUUGGACCGAGCGCAAUUGCUUCAGCGGUUCUGCGACUGCUUCCUCAUUAUGACCACUGACAAUCCUCAGGACGUGCUCAAGGUCACAACUGUUUCGGAUCUGUUGCAGCUGGCCAAGGAGAAAGGCGAGUCUUUGGACGCCGUGCGAUGGUAG